AUGCUGCACGCCGAGCUGCAGGAGGAAGAGGAAGAGUUUCAAGAAGCGGACAUCCUAUGGCCAGAUGCAGCAGAUUUCCAGGAGUCGCCCCGGUUGUAUUUCUCUCAAAUCGGCAUGGACGGCAUCGACGAUAGCGAGCAUCAGGCGCCGUUGAAGCUGCAAGUCCGACAGAAAGCUUCUUCCCCCAUCGACAUCCCCGGCCAGAAGAAGGUCGUCGGUGCCACUGCUGCGAGAGGCACCGGAGCACAACCGGCCGGAUCGAGCAAGUUUAGCGCGAGCCACGCCGGCGACGUCGGUGCCGGUAGCACCGUCAUCGGCAGCCAUGUCCUCAUGCCGCCGCAUGUCAUCGUCGAUCGGAGGGCCAAGAGGGACAAGGCGUUGAUGAUGAUGCUCAUCGUGCCCAGCGGGAGGGCCAGGGCGAGGAAGAUGCGCGAGUAG